AUGCCUAUUCUUGACAAUUUGUCAGCCUCCACAGAACAGGAAGAUGCCUGGCUGCCAUAUGACAAAUUUGUUUUGUUUUGUAGAAUUGAUCAAAACACAUGUAUUUCACAAAAUGAAGCAACCGAGCAACUAUGCAGCUCAACUGAGAAUUCUUUGUUGAAGCUACAAGCCCUUGAAACCGAUCUGUGCUCUGCGUUUCUGCCAACCCAGGAGGAAACUCCCCAGCUGCCGGCACCCAAGGAUCCAGCCCCUUCAUCAGUCCAAACCAGUGUGCAAGCUGAUGGGGCCAGUAGUGGAGACCAAUAUCACUUCAUUUCUCCUAUUAUUGAUUUUAGUUUAAUGCAUCAGCAGAGAGAUAGUGAAGAGCCUUUACCAGCCCACAGAGACUGGCAGAAUGACAUGGACAGCAGCCCACAAGAACAUCGUUCCCUAGGAACCAGUCGACUGCUGUAUCACAUUACUGAUGGAGACAAUCCUCUUUUGUCACCACGCUGCUCUAUCUUUAGCCAAAGCCAGAGAUUUAAUUUAGACCCAGAAUCUGCCCCUUCUCCACCAAGUGCUCAACCUUUCAUGAUACCAAGAAGUUCUUCUAGAUGUAACUGUGAAGAGUGCAAAGAACCCCAAUCAAUAGCACAACUUACCAAGCAUCUUCAGAGUCUCAAGAGAAAAAUUAGGAAGUAUGAAGAAAAGUUUGAGCAAGAAAAAAAAUACCUGCCUUCACAUGGUGACAAGACUUCCAAUCCUGAAGUCCUAAAAUGGAUGAACGAUUUGGCCAAAGGUCGUAAGCAGCUUAAAGAGCUGAAACUCAGAAUGUCAGAAGAGCAAAACUGUAUCUCCAGAGCACUCCAAAGAAAGGGUAGUAGUGAAAGUUCUGGGACCCCCAUAGAGACUAGGACACAGGAGGCCACAAGCAUGGAACAAGCUCCUUCAGCAGAAGAAACCGUGGACAGUGUAUUGAGACAAUUAAAGGAGAAAAGACAACACUUCAACAUUCCUGAGACUAUUAAGGUAUUUAACAAAUCUGGUUGUCUCUUACAGUACUUCAUCAUCUUAAACAGAUAUUAGUUGCUGGAUGACUAAGCAUCCUGUGCCCUCAGGCACUGCAGGGCAUUUUCUCUCUAACUGCACUAGUGCAGUUUUCUGAAGUGAUUUUUCUGUGAAGAGUUGCACAGACAAUGAGGUGAAGAAGUUUUUUUCAAGUAGUGCCAAACACUUUUUGCUCAGAUGGAUGAAAAAAUUAUCAGCCAGACUUGCCUACUUGAGGUUGUGUGCAUGUGAAGAGCAUGCACAUUGUAUCAAAAAUGCUGAAAGCAAAUGUAAUCCUAUCUUGAGUCCACAGAAACUUUGCUGUAAUGAGGGACCAAGACUUCUCCCCCACUAAACCACUGACACAGUCUCAGUCUCUCAAAGAGCUCCCUGUGGACUGACUAGGAGGCUUUUCUGGCUCCUGGGCCACUGGCUGAAACAGUGACUAAGUCAGUCCUCACUGGUGUAAAAAAGUGUGUUUUGAUCAGUCUUCCACCGCAGAAUUCAAAUGUACAAAGGCCAUUAAUAGCAGACAGGGUGAAUUCAGCUUUGGUUCCUGCCCAGGACCCACAAGGUCCCCCCUUAGUAGACAAUAAACCUGCAGGUCUCCUUGGUGGAUCUCUCCCAGAUGUUUCUGAAGCAGAGAAAUUAGGAACAUGUGCAGUUAUUUUGACAGUAAAGAUCCCCUUUCACCUGAGUAAUGCUAAAAAUAUCUGUCUAGUUGAUAGCCCUGCAUUAAUGCCACGUGGGCAGCAAAACCAUCCAGGCUGCUUUGCCCUCUGAUAUUGAUACACUUACUUGUGUUUGUAUUGCCUCUGCUCUUCUACAUUCUCAAUUACUCUUUUCAAUCUAAGAGAAGAUUUAAUAUCCCAUGAAAUGCACUUGCGUAGUUAGGGACGUAAUUAUUUUUUCAAAUGAAUACCUAUUUUAAAAUUCUGUACAUCCAUGCUACUGGCACAUUUUAGGAUCUCUAUAAAGCAGUUCCACAGAACAUACUGUCCACAAAAGAGCAUAUUUUAUUUUUAUUUUGUGUUGCUUUAUUUCAUUUUCCUAUUUCUGCUGUCAAAUGAUGUUGCUAUGCUUGGUGCUGUAUAACCAAGAAAGAUGACAAAUUCUGUUCACAAAGAUACCUGAAAUCUCAGUGCAGUCAGAAACAUCUGGAUUCUGGCUGCUGAAGGAAAAAGAGGGAGAAUGGGGAGAGGGAGAGAGCCUAAGAGAAGCGAGAAAGAACAAAACACUAAACUGUGCUAGAAUAUUGUAACACUAGGAAAUGAUUUAGGAUGGAUUUCAAUAGCAUGAAGUACCCAGCAGAGGUAAUUUUUGAUUUCUUUUCUUUUCUUGGUUCUUAACAACUGGUUACUGUAUUAAAAUUAGAACUGUGCAAAACUAUGUCAUACUUCUGUAGCUGAGAUUUUGAGCUCUGCAUAGAUGGUUGACUUUUUAAUUCCUUCUUUUUAUAGGUUACUUUUUGAAAACAUGUAAGGAAAAUGGUUUCACAAGCAUAUCUCCUUUGUAAGAAAACACAAGAGAACAACAAAAGCAUGCAGUCCUGUUUGUACUCUUAAGUCACAACAGUACAAACUACAUGAUAAUAGUUAUAGUUGUUAAAAAAAAUGUUGCUCUGCAGAGAUCUGCUGCUACCAAAACAGAUGUUAGUGAGGAAAUCCUAUCUAGAAGAACUCUUAUGAGUACAAGAGUAAGCUGGCUGCAGGUCCCAUUCCAUUUUUGAUUAAUUCUGUGCAAUGGCAGAGCUGUAAUCUAAAUUUAAUGUCUGCACAAAUUAAUAUUUCCCCCCCCCUUUUUUUUUAAGCACUCAUUUGUACAUCUCAACUACUUUUCUUCUGAAAGAUCUAUCCUUUUUUAGUAAAGAUGAUUGAAAAUAUUUAUACAAAGCUGCUAUGGAACAGAGGUUUGAAGAGGAAUAAUAGGAAGUCAAAUUGAGCUAUUUCAAAAUAAUUUUGAAUCAUUAGGUCCUUAUGCUUAACAUUAAAAUUAUUGAUCUUCAGUUAUGAGUGAUUCUGGUCUUUUGAGGUAGAAAGGUUUACAGGAACGUAAGUAAAAAUGAAUUAAGGAUGUCUGCUGGUUAGAAAAAAGAUCAAGAUCUUCACUUAAUCUACAAGCAACUUUUGUGUUACUGUUGUUAAUUUGGUGUGCAAUAUUUUAUUUUGUGUAUAGAAUUUAGAUUCUCUACCAGAAUGUGAGCUGGACUAAUAGCAAGCUAAAGAGUAGCUAAAUGUUUAAAUGUUUUUAGGUUGUUUUUUUUUGUUUUGUUUUGAAGAUUUAACUGCUUGGGGCAAUGAUAGUGUUUCCAUACAAGGUUGCCUUGUUGUCCCCCAAAACAGAAAUGAGAGAAUGAGUGUCCUUAAAAAAGAUGCAAAGUUGAAUGUGACUUGUGAAAUUUGGUUUGGUAAACAUUUUACUGACUGUUGAUAAUAGGAUUCGUAGAUCACAGAUUUUUUAAUUUUUAGCCCAAAGUUAUCAAGUCAUUUGGAGGGCUAUUUUGUUCAUCAAAUAUACAACAACCACCCUAAUAAAAUAGCAGAUAAGAUGAGAGGAAGGUGGGAGGCACAGUCGUUUAGAAUCCUAAACCAUCCUGUGUGUCUAAAGAGGACAAGCUACAAAACCUGAAUGAAUUAUAGGCCUAUUUCUGUUUAUCUUUUCAUUAGCUAUGAAGCAGUAUUUUUAUGUAGUUAGCACUGAAUUUCAUGCUGCUAUGCACAGCCCAUAAUCAGAAGAUGUUCAAGACGAUUCUGGAGUUUGUCUUUUCUCAUUUUGAAAUUAUCAGCCAUUUUAAGCCCAGCUGAAUACAAACCUGUCUUGAGAUUGCUAAUGAAACGAGCUAAUGAAAUAAACCCAAAUGCUAAGCCCUCUUGAGAUUGUUUCUCAUGUGUAAAAUCAAUAUUAAUGAUUAUUCUCUGUUUCCUGUUAAGCGUUCAGCUGCUUCAGGCUUAAUAGUUUUUGAAAGAAUGAAUCUUGUAUUAAUUGCAGAAAUAGCAAUAAACAAUACAGUUAGCUGUUUUAUAAUACUCCUAAAUUCUAGUUUAGCAGCUCUUCUUUUAACAUGAGUGACAAAUAAUUUCAGAGUGAUUAACUCAUGCAGACCUUUAAGAACAAGAGGUUUUGCUCUGUUUUUGCAUUUGGACAACAAUCAAAAAAGUUUAUGCUCCUGCAAAGUUAAUAGCAAGGAAAGAACAUUACUUCUUCAGGAUUUGAUAUAUUUUUGAAAAGAAAUGGCUAAUUAUUAUUUCUCCAAUUUUUCAAUAAAAAACCUGGUCACCGAUCUCUCGCAGAAAUGUAUCCCCCCACCCCAGUUCCAUCAUUCUUUGCAUUACUUCAUUGCAGUGGAGGAGCUCUGCUCCAAACCUUCCAGCAGUUAACUCUAAUUCUAGAGAUCUGUCAUGAUCUGGCAGACUCUGUGGAAAAUUACAUUAGCUUCACAUGCUCCUCUUCUUGCUGUUCCAACCCAGAUGAAAAUAUGGACAUGUUAGGAGCAGAUUUUCUUGGGAAGAGGGGGGGAAGGAAAAAAAAUAGCAGUUAAAUAGUGUGCUCUCUGUACAAAACACAAGCAUAGCGGUACAUCAUCACCAACACUGAUAAAUCACAUUGUUGAGAAAUCAACAUUUCUCUUUCUGCUACCACUGAUUUAUAUUGUGAUUUUUGAGCAAAAAUAAAACACUUCACUUGUGAAACAUCACUGCAGAAAGAAUUCAGCACUUGCAGGAGAAGUGGUGUUCAGUGCAGCAGAACAAUGAGUGUGACCGGGGAAGCAACCCAGGUCUGCUCCCAUUGUUAGUAAAGCACUGCAUUUUCUGCAGCUUUUCCAUAGCAGUUCUACAGAUGCACACUAUCCAGCUGCAAAUUCCUGCUGCUUAUUGUUCCCUUUCAUUUUAAAAAUAGCACUGUUUUCCAAUAUGUUCAGCUUUUGGGGUGUUUUAAUCACUGUAUCACAAUGGUUAGACAUUUAGAGAUUUCAUUGUCAGUCUGUCAUUCUACUCUGUUAAUGUGUUGUGUUUGCAUAGCUGAAACUUCCUGUUUGUCAUCUCUUGCCAGCCAAUGGCAGUCAUGGCUGUCAGGUGAUGUCCCUGGUGAUGUCCUUGGUGAUGGGAAAAAGGGAAAUAUAACUCCCAUUUUUAAAAAGGUAGAAAGGAAGACAUGGGGAAACUAUAGGAUGAUAAGCCUCAUGUCCAUGCCUGAGAAGAUCAUGGAGGAGAUCCUCCUGGAAGAGAUGUUACAGCACAUGUGUGACAAGAAGGUGAUCCAAGACAGCCAGCAUGGCUUCACCAAGGGCAGAUUGUGCAUGACCAAUCUGGUGGCCUUCUGUGAUGGAGUUAUGACAUCAGUGACAAAGGAAGGGUAACUGAUGUCAAGGUGUUGCACUUGGGUCAGAACAAUCCUAAAUAACGUGUACAGACUGAGAGAAAAACUCAUUGAGAACAGUCCUGUGGAGAAGGACUUGGGAGUUCUGGUGGACAAGAAGCCGCGUAUGAGCCAGCAGUGUGCUCUUGCACACUGUAUUUCUCACCUAAAAAGUUUUACUCAUUCUCUUCCUAGAUUUCGUCUGCAUUAGACCUUGAGUGGGGAAAUACACAUUUGUGAUCUAUGUAAGACUUAAGUCAUAUAAAGUUGCAUUCUGUUCUUGCUAAAUCAUUGCCAAGUCCUAUUCAGCGUCAGUGUGGACAGAAACAGAAUUCAUGGCUGUUUAUUUGGGGAGAACAGAUGAUUGAAUAAAUACCUACCUGUAUCCUUGUCAUGAAAUCCUGGUUCACAAUCUUAGAAAUAACUUUUUAAAACUAGAAUAUGACAAUAAUAAUAAUAAUAAAGGCUUUGGAAAACAUUAAUCUUCAAAAAUGUCUGCUAUAUUUGAGAGUAAUCACGGAUGGCCUGUAAGUAUACCAUAGGAAGAUGAGUAAAUUGAAGAUUAUAUAAGUUCUCUACCAAGUAUUUUUGGACUCAUUAAUUAAACAUAUUUAGAUUAAUUUUCUGCUAUCAACAUUUCAAACUAAUCUUCAUAUAUAAAUUUUAGUGCUUUAUGAAUUUGUUUUAUAUUUUU